CAAUACUCCUAUAUUUGAUUAAACUCCUUGUAUAUUUGCACCAUUCUAGACCCCAAUCUUUUUCAUAUAAAUAAGUGCCAUUAAAUAUCCUUUUCAACUAUCCAAUAUCUAAAAACAUUCAAUUCGUGCUUGCAAUGCAAAAGGCUUGAAAAAUAUAGUCUCAUGCAUGUCGAUGCACUCAGACAAGGGAAACAAAGGGGUCAAAUAAACAUAGUAUUGAUAAUAUUUUGGUUUUUUCUCCCUCACUUUCAAAUAGGCUGUUUUUUCAUAAGAAAAUGAGGCCUUUGGAAGCUACUCAUGGUGAUUUGGCCCCUCCAUAUAGGAGAUCAUCAAGCAAUCCAUAUGAAGAUGAUCCGAAGGACGCAUCAACCAGAUAUCUUCCAUUGUACAAAGCUGUGGAUGGUGGUGAUUUGGAAGCUACCAAGAAAUUCCUAGACCAACAUCCAGAUGCAUUGUGCAGUAGCCUUUCCACCGAUGGGGACACUGCCUUGCACAUUGCGGUCCUAGCUGGCCAUGUAGACAUUGUUGAGGAGUUGGUAGGGCGAAUGUCUGCACUAGAAUUAGCAGUUAAACAGAAAUAUGGUUCAACAGCCCUUAAUUUUGCUGCCAUCGGAGGAGUAACAGAGAUUGCUGAGUUAUUGGUGGAAAAAAAUAGAAAGUUGCUUGAAAUUCCAAAUGAUCAUGAACAGAUCCCCCUAGUGGUUGCUGCUCUAUAUGGACAUAGAGAUUUAGUGCAGUAUCUUUACUUGAAAACUCCCAUAGAAGAGCUUGAUCCCACUAGUAAAAACCAUGGCGCUAUUCUUCUUACUGCUUGUAUUAUGGAUGAAUUUUACGAUAUUGCUUUGGAUCUAGUUCAACGCUACCCGUUAUUGGCAAUCGCUGAAGACACUGAUAAAGACACGGCCUUGCAUAUAUUGGCUCAAAAACCAUCAGCAUUCCCCAGUGGAUCUCAGCUUACAUUUUGGCAGCGCUGGACAUAUAAAUGUAUUCAUUUAGAUCCACAAAAGGCUUCUCUCAUCGCUUCUGGAGACAUCGAAAUGCCACAUGAGGGUCCGCCACAUCGAAGAAGCUUCACUAAACGAGUACUUCACCGAAUAUCUGAAGCAUUCUGGAAAGGCUUAAAACUUUGUGUCCCAGGCUUUACAAGCAUAUAUGAGUUAAAGCUGACGCAUCUUCAAGCCAGAGAGCUUCUAACUUGCAUUUGCCAAGAGGCGCCAAAUUUAGAAGAUGAGAUAAAACUAGAAGCUGUCUUGAAAAAAGCAUUAUUCGAAGCUGUUAAGCAAGGGAUUGUGGAGGUUGUGACAGAGAUUAUGAAGCAUUAUCCUGAAGUGGUAUGGUUCUAUGAUGAUAAAGAUCGGAACAUAUUUUUUGUUGCAACAGCUGAACGACAAGAAAAGAUUUUUAGCCUUAUAUAUAAAAUGGGUGCUAAGAAAAACUCUUUGGCAACUCAUUGGGAUAAGGAUUUUAACAACAUGUUGCAUCAAGCUGCGUUUCUAGCCCCUUCCUCUAGGCUUGAUCGUGUGUCGGGUGCAGCUCUGCAGAUGCAAAGGGAGCUUCAAUGGUUUAAGGAAGUGGAGAGUGUUGUGCAACCCAAGUAUAAGGAGAUGAUCAACAGCCAUUUUAAAACGCCCCGAGUUCUGUUCUCAGAUUAUCAUAAGAAAUUAGUGGAACAAGGGGAGCAAUGGACAAAGGAAACAGCUGAAUCUUGUACUGUGGUUACUGCUCUAAUCGUCACCAUUAUGUUCUCAGCAGUGUUUACAGUGCCUGGUGGAUAUGACAACUCUGGCAACCCAAUCUACUUGAACCAGAAUUCUUUCCUGGUUUUCAUAGUAUCAGACGCAUUAUCACUUUUCAGUUCCACAACUUCAUUGUUGAUGUUCUUAGGAAUCUUGACAUCUCGAUACAGGGAAGAAGAUUUCCUGCAGACUGUGCCGACAAAAUUGAUGGUUGGACUUUCCAUGAUGUUCUUCUCUUUAGCGACCAUGAUGAUAACCUUUGGGGUUGCUUUGUUCAUUGUUCUUCGAGACAGAAUAGCAUGGGUUUCCUUUCCAAUUAUCUUGCUUGCUAGUUUGCCGGUUACCCUUUUUGCACUGUUGCAGUUCCCUCUUCUUGUGGAGAUUUUCAUUUCCACUUAUGGACCUGGAAUCUUUGACAAGCCAAAGAAAAACUUGUGUCCAUCAGGUUCCACUCGCUCUUCAACUCGUUGCUUUCGCUAGCUAACUCUGUGUUGCUUACUGCGUCACCUAAGUAUUACUACCAAGGAACAUGAUUUACGGGGAGUUAUUUUAAUUUCUGUACAAAAAAUAUUAUUUUCUUUAUACUUUGAUAUAUGUAAGGAGGAUAAGCAAUAGACUCUAAGGUAACGCUUGGUGUUUUCACAUGUUAUAAUUUAAAUGAAAUGUAUUUAGUAAGAAUGUGAUUGUCGAAAAUGUUACUUUACAACAUUUGAUAUUUAUUGGAAGGUAUUGAUUAAAAUAUCAAGAAAGUUAUAUUA